AGUUAUCAGGGUUGGGAAAUGAAAACUCAAAAAUAUGGAAGAACAAUUUGUUUUUUAGGUUAUUUUUUAGUUGUUAUUUAUAUUAAAUGUCAAAAAAAAGAAUGAUAUCAAAAAAAGUGAAAAAAAUUGAUAAAUAUGUUGCUGGAAAAGAUAGCAUUAUGAAAGCAUUGGCUUUUCUUAAACCAGAGAAAUGUGAUAAUAAAAGAAAUUUAAAAAAUAAUAAAGAUAAAGAAGAAAAAAAAGUGGAAAAUUGUACUUCGAGCGUAAAUUUAAAGAGAAAUGGAAAUUCAAAUUCAAUUGUUUUUUCAGCAAGUUUUGUUACACAUCAAAUGCGUUCAUGUUUAAUGGAACAUAAUUGGAUAAAUUUACAAAGAUUAAUUCCAUUAUUAUUAAAUUAUUCAUUAGACAGAGAACCUAUAUUAUGGAGAUUUGCUUUAAUUACAUUUCUAAAUAGUCCUGAAAGUGAUCAAAAUUUGAUUCUUCAUUUUUUAGAUAAAUGUCUAGGCAGUACAAUUGAAAUAGACUCACAUGAACCAGAUAAAUAUUUACAACAAUUGAUUACUAUUGAAUCUAUAAAUCAUCAAUUUGAGGAAAUUUGGUUAACCAAAAUGGAAUAUUCAUCUGAUGAUGAACAUUAAUUUAUUAUUUCUCUGUGACAAUGAUUAAUCUUAAAUUCAAAAUGCAAAAAAUUCAUUAAGAGGUUAAAAAUAAUUUUAUUGAAAUUUUUGUUCUAUUCUAAAAUUUGAGUACAUACAUUUUCUUGUUUUUUUCAUUUUAAUUUUUAUUAUACGUUACUCUGUAAUACAGAGAAAAUAAAGAAAGUACAACUUA